AUGACGUCCCGGCGGGUGAUUGGCUGCGGCGGCACGAGGCGGGGCGAGGCUCGGGCGGCGGCGACUGCUCAGAAUCCAAACAUCUGUUCCUUUUAUGCCAUGGCUUGGCUGGGCACCCUCGGGGCAGCCAGCAGCCUCCAGCAGGGAGGGAGGAGGCUCAGUGCCCUUUCUUCUCUCCCUCCUACCAGGUACUUACUGGAGCAAGACUUCCCAGGCAUGAGGAUUGGCCCCGAGCCCACCACCGACUCCUUCAUCGCCGUCAUGUACGGGGAGACCGAGGGCAGCACCCCCGGGAACGCUCUUGUCGUGGACCCUAAAAAGCCAUUCCGGAAGCUGAGUCGCUUUGGAAACGCAUUCCUGAAUCGGUUCAUGUGCUCCCAGCUGCCCAAUCAGGUCCUGAAGAGCAUCAGCAUCAUUGACAGCCCUGGCAUCCUAUCAGGGGAGAAGCAGCGCAUCAGCCGAGGGUAUGACUUCUGCCAGGUCCUGCAGUGGUUUGCGGAGCGGGUGGACAGGAUCAUCCUGCUCUUCGACGCACACAAGCUGGACAUCUCAGACGAGUUCUCGGAGGCCAUCAAGGCCUUCCGGGGCCAGGAUGACAAGAUCCGCGUGGUGCUGAACAAGGCCGACCAGGUGGACACGCAGCAGCUGAUGCGAGUGUACGGGGCUCUCAUGUGGUCGCUGGGCAAAGUCAUCAACACGCCUGAAGUUCUGCGCGUCUACAUCGGCUCCUUCUGGGCGCAGCCGCUGCAGAACACGGACAACCGCCGGCUCUUCGAGGCUGAGGCCCAGGACCUCUUCAGAGACAUCCAGAGCCUGCCCCAGAAGGCAGCCGUGCGCAAACUCAACGACCUCAUCAAGCGAGCGAGGCUGGCCAAGGUACAUGCCUAUAUCAUCAGCUACCUGAAGAAAGAGAUGCCCAAUGUAUUUGGAAAGGAAAACAAGAAGCGAGAACUCAUCAGCAGGCUGCCAGAAAUCUACAUCCAACUGCAGCGAGAAUACCAGAUCUCUGCCGGGGACUUCCCUGAGGUCAAGGCCAUGCAGGAACAGCUGGAGAACUAUGACUUCACCAAAUUCCACUCGCUGAAGCCCAAGCUGAUCGAGGCCGUGGACAACAUGCUGAGCAACAAGAUCGCGUCCCUGAUGAGCCUCAUCAGCCAGGAGGAGAUGAGCAUGCCCACCCAGCUGGUGCAGGGCGGGGCCUUCGACGGCACCACCGAGGGCCCCUUCAACCAGGGCUACGGGGAGGGUGCCAAGGAGGGCGCCGACGACGAGGAGUGGGUGGUGGCCAAGGACAAGCCCGUCUACGACGAGCUCUUCUACACGCUGUCGCCCAUCAACGGCAAGAUAUCGGGCGUCAACGCCAAGAAGGAAAUGGUGACCUCCAAGCUGCCCAACAGUGUUCUGGGCAAGAUCUGGAAGCUGGCCGACUGUGACUGCGAUGGUAUGCUGGACGAGGAGGAGUUCGCGCUGGCCAAGCACCUCAUCAAGAUCAAGCUCGAUGGCUAUGAGCUGCCCCACAGCCUGCCGCCCCACCUGGUGCCCCCGUCUCACAGGAAGUCCCUGCCAAAGGCCGACUGAGGGCGGCCAAGGAACAGGGCGGAGGGUUGGGGUGGGGGAUGGGACUGGGGCUGCAGCCUGCUCUGCCGCUGACCCACUGAAUGACUUCGGGCAAGGCCUCCGCCCUCUCUGUGCGCCUCAGCUUCCCCCUCGAUCAAAUUGGGAGGGCAUAUUUUAGAUGCCAGAUGAGCUCCUUUCACCUCUUAAACUCCCCGAAUUUCUCUACGAGUUCUAGGAGGAAAGGGAGGAUGGACGAGGACAUUGCAAAUUUUGAGAAGAAAAGGAAAUUAGCCAAAGACAACUCACAAGCCCGGAGAAAUUGGACAGGUGGCCGCGGGCUUGCUGGAGCUACAGGAAGCAAGCCAGGGCCUUACCUGAGUCUUGUGCACUGGGCUGGGCUGUGGUCAUCAUGAGCGUCCCAGCACCUGUCUAUAUCACAGGGCCCCAGGAGGCCGCAGAGAUUGCUUAUUUAUUUCACCUAAUGUGUUUCCUGCUCUAUUUAGAGGAGACAGAGCAGAGAGUUCCUGCUCCCCCCAGACUGACUACCAAAGAGAAGAUGGAUGCCCAGCUCGGAGAGGAGGCACCGUGUCUGUGCCCUGUCCCUGCAGCACCCCCACCACAGCCUCCCCGCAACCCCCAAGCUGGAUUCACAUAGGAAUUUUGGAGCUUGUAACCUUAACCCUGUUGGCAUUUCAGCUCACGUUGAUGUCGGGGGAAUUUGCUUUGCUGAUGAGCUUACCCAAGAGAUUAUAGCAGAGUCUAGGCAGACUUCAACUACAGCAUGGAAAGGAGGUGAUUCUCUUCCAUAGUCAGUGUGGUCCACAGCCACCAAACGCCCCUAGAUUUUUCUGGUGGAUGCCAGGAUUUAAAUGCAGCAAUCUUGCUGUGGGCCAUAUCCAAGGCCCUAGGGUCACUAGUGAGAGAAUGUAAGAAAAGGGUUCAAGGGCCUCAGCCUUGCCCGGACUGUUGGAUAGAAGACAUCAGUCCGGUUGGAGUUCGACACUGAAUGUUGUUGAAAAGUACAUGUUCUUCAGAAAUCCUUCUCCAAAAAUCUUUUUGUAGGAAACCUUCUCAGAGUCCCUGAGCAUCAUUUCCACCUGCAUGCCCACCUUGAGGUGGGCCGUGGCCACGGACCUUCCUGUUGCUCCUUCCGCAGGCCCGUGGGUAAAACCUCGAAGCCCACGUUCAGAUGCCUGCCACCACUGCCCCUUCCGCUGGGGGACCCGGCUCUGGGAGGCAGGCAGGUUGUUUUCUGUGUUUUUCAUGCCGUAGCCGAGAGCAACGAGCUAGCAAUGGCUGCAUCCCACACGGCCUGCCAGCCCCCAGAAUGAAUGGAACCAGAACAAUUCCAGGGAGCCUUCCAAAAAACACAUCUUUUUUUCUUUUUCUUUCACCUGCCUCUGGUGAUAUCUAUGCACAUUCCCUAACUUACUUUCUAAAUAAUUCAGUUUUCGGAGAAGCAAUUACCUAGUAUUAUUUUUAUCUUGGUGGGAAGCAGGGAGCCACCUCCAAGGCCAGCUUCUGGUUA